GCGAAGAUGGCGACGGCCUUGAGCGAGGAGGAGCUGGACAAUGAAGACUAUUACUCGUUGCUGAACGUGCGCAGGGAGGCCUCUUCCGAGGAGCUGAAAGCCGCCUACCGCAGGCUGUGUAUGCUCUACCACCCCGACAAGCACAGAGACCCAGAGCUCAAAUCGCAGGCGGAGCGGCUGUUUAACCUCGUUCAUCAGGCUUAUGAAGUGCUCAGUGACCCCCAGACCAGGGCCAUCUAUGACAUCUAUGGGAAGAGAGGCCUGGAAAUGGAAGGAUGGGAGGUCGUGGAAAGGAGGAGAACGCCAGCCGAAAUCAGGGACGAGUUCGAGCGGCUGCAGAGAGAGAGGGAGGAGAGGAGGCUGCAGCAGCGAACCAACCCCAAGGGGACCAUCAGCGUUGGCAUCGAUGCCACUGACCUUUUCGAUCGCUAUGAGGAAGAGUACGAAGAUGUGUCCGGCAGUGGCUUUCCACAGAUUGAAAUCAACAAGAUGCACAUAUCCCAGUCCAUCGAGGCACCCCUGACAGCUACAGACACAGCCAUCCUCUCUGGAAGCCUCUCGACCCAGAACGGGAAUGGAGGGGGCUCCAUCAGCUUCGCACUCAGACGGGUCACUUCUGCGAAGGGCUGGGGAGAGUUGGAGUUUGGAGCUGGGGAUCUGCAGGGGCCGCUGUUGGGGCUGAAGCUGUUCCGCAACCUCACGCCAAGAUGCUUUGUGACGACAAACUGUGCUCUGCAGUUUUCGUCCCGCGGAAUCCGGCCUGGCCUAACCACUGUCCUAGCCCGGAACCUGGACAAGAACACCGUGGGCUACCUGCAGUGGCGAUGGGGAAUCCAGUCGGCCAUGAACACGAGCAUCGUCCGGGACACCAAAACCAGCCACUUCACCGUGGCCCUGCAGCUUGGAAUCCCUCACUCCUUCGCACUGAUCAGCUAUCAGCACAAAUUCCAGGACGACGACCAGACGCGCGUGAAAGGGUCCCUUAAGGCAGGCUUCUUCGGCACGGUGGUGGAGUACGGGGCGGAGCGGAAGAUCUCCAGCCACAGUGUCCUGGGCGCCGCAGUCAGCAUCGGAGUCCCGCAGGGCGUUUCUCUCAAAGUCAAAUUAAACAGAGCCAGUCAGACUUACUUCUUCCCCAUUCACCUGACGGAUCAGCUUCUUCCCAGCGCUGUGUUCUAUGCCACUGUGGGGCCCCUCGUGGUCUACUUUGCCAUGCACCGUCUUGUCAUCAAGCCAUACCUCAGGGCUCAGAAAGAGAGGGAGUUGGAGAAGCAGAGGGAAAGCACGGCCACUGACAUCCUGCAGAAGAAACAAGAGGCGGAAGCUGCUGUUCGGCUGAUGCAGGAAUCUGUCCGAAGAAUAAUCGAGGCAGAAGAAUCCAGGAUGGGGCUCAUCAUCGUCAACGCCUGGUAUGGGAAAUUUGUCAACGACAGGAGCAGGAAGAACGAGAAGGUGAAGGUGAUCGACGUGACUGUGCCCCUGCAGUGCCUGGUGAAGGACUCGAAGCUCAUCCUCACGGAGGCCUCUAAGGCUGGGCUGCCCGGGUUCUACGACCCAUGUGUGGGCGAAGAAAAGAACCUGAAGGUGCUUUACCAGUUCCGAGGGGUCCUGCACCAGGUGAUGGCACUGGACAGCGAGGCGCUUAGGAUACCAAAGCAGUCUCACAGGAUUGACACAGAUGGAUAAACUGCGUGAGAAACCAGAUUAAAAGAGGCUGCAAAAAAUCUUUUCCUGGGAGUCUACAAAUUUGGAAGCAGGGAAAAAACCCAGACAUCUGAUGUGUUUGUUUUAUAUUAUUCCUAUAGAAGGCGGUACCCUAUCAAUUAAGUGAAGGGGACACACAGACACCCCACUUUCGUGGGUGCUGUAGGUAGGACUGAGGCAGCCCCACCUGGACCAGGACCACAGCACAGCCGUGUCUGUCUCCCCAAGGAUUAUGUCCCUGGAAGGGAGGGCGCCGGCCCCGCCGCCUCUGGCCCCCCCGUCUCCUCCACGAGUGCCGACCGCUGCCACCCAGUAGUUCCUGUCGUCUUGAGGCCGUUACGGAGCCCCACCCUCAUGCGGGAGGCGAACUGCUUCUCCUGAACCCCACACUGAACGUGGACAGCCACGGGGCCAGGAAGGAAGGCGGGCGCUCUCAGGAACAGAGGUCUCCCGUCGAGGGAGCAUCUGCUGGGUCGGUGUCCCGAAAACCACCUUUUCCUGCCGAAAUGUGACUAAGUGAAUCCGGAGAGGGUUGUGUGGGUCUAUAAAUCUGCUUUUUAUCUGAGAACGAA